GGACGGACCGGCACCGCAGUGCCCGGAGCCGCCGGUUCCCCGUUCCCGCCGCGUCCGGGGCGUUGCGGUGCCGGUCCCGUCCCCCACGAUGCCACUUCCGCGAGUGGGGCCUCCCCGAGCCCAUCGCACCAUUAAAACCCUUCGGCUUUCCCACCAACCACUAUUUUUUCCCACCCCCACCUUAUCCCUUCUUUAUUUUCGCCCCCCCCCCCCUUUUUUUUUCCUUCGCGUGGUCACCUUUCUCCUUAUUUCCCUUAUUUUAUGGGUUUUGCCCUUAAUUUCCCAGCAGAUAAACCACAGCUCCCAUUUUCCAAGCUUGCUGGUACAUGCAUCCCCUCCAUCAAGCACGAGGAGUGGGACAACCUAAACUUUUACACCCAAAAACCCCAUCCAAGGCAAUUCUGACAACACACACACUCUCUCUCAUGUUUUCCCUCCAUUUUCCACCCCCUUUUCCAGCUCAAUCCUCAGGGAUUGAGGAGACUGACUGCUCCCAAACAUCAAAUGUCUGGGAAUUGGAUUUGGAGCAUCAAAUGAUGUGUGGCAAAUGAUGUGGCAAAGCUUAUAGGGAUGGAACAUCCCUGCAUCCCUAGUUGUAGGGUACCAACACCCCACCACACCGACCGACACCCCAGAGUGAGUGCCAAACCAUCCUGCGUGUUCCAGGAGCUAAAUCCACUGCUGGCAGCUGCCUGUGCCUUUCCUGUGAGUCAGUGGUGGGUAGCAGGGAGGAUGAGGAUGAGGAUGGGAGGAAGGAGCCUCCCCGAGUCGUGCCAACCAAGCGAGGGAUGAGUAACUGGGUUGUGUAACAGAGCCCCUUCCACCGCGGCUCCCGCUCGGUAUAAAUAGCAGCGGAUAAUUGAGUUUGAAGAGGGAAAUGUUUGUCCUUUUGUGGUGAGGGAGCAGAGACUGUAAUGGAGCUGGAAGGAAGCAUGUGUGUGUGUGGAAUUGCUGGGAUGAACCAUCUGGCUCUGGGUGGCUCUGGCCAGGGCAGAGGUUGGUACGAGGCUGGGUAAACGUGAUGGGUUUACAGGAUGUGCAUGGAUAUGGCACGGCAUGGGCACGGCACGGCGUGACCACCAGGCAGUGUCUUGGUGCCCCUGGAUCCCCACUGGCAGUGGGGUGGCAGGCAGGUUCCUCCAUCCCAUGACCGGGUUCCUCCAUCUUGUGUGCAAGUCCCUCCAUCCUCUGGGCAGGCUCCUCCAUCCCACGGCUGAGGUCCUCCAUCCCUCGGGCAGGUUUCUCCAUCCCCUGGACUUGUUAUUCCAUCCCUUGGGUGGGUUUCUCCAUCACAUGGGUGGGUUCCUCCAUCCCCUGGGAUGGUUCCCCAGACAGGCGAGGCCCAUCCAAGGGCUGACACACAUAGAUCCAGCCCAACAAAGCCCAGCUCAGUGAUGGAGGAAGCAGGUUUGGCCUCCACGCUCCUGCAGGUGCUGCUUGCAGGGUGGGAUCUGGGAGCAGGACCCUCUCCCAGGAACAGGCAUCCCUCUGUUUUGGGCUUGGUGUGUCCACAUCUCUUGCACCUAUCCAGUGACAAUAUGCAUGACCAAACCAGGAAAAGCCACAUGCAGUCCAGCUUCCAUCUUUAAAUCCUAUGGGAAACCCAUCGCUGGGAGGGAAAGGGGAUCCUGGCCUUUGUGUCUGGUUUCCUCUUCCUCACAAUUUUAAGUCCAGCUCUUGGAGGCUGAUUAGAGGAGGGAUUUGCGCUUAAAAAUCAUCUAGAAGGAAAAAAGGCCAAAACCAGGGACUUUUGGCCUGUGUGAGAGCUCAGCAACCAUGAAGGGACUUGGGAAGCAGAGGAGAUCUGCAGAGGAGCGUGUGCCAGGAGGAAGGCUCUGUCGCUGCCAAGGUUUGGAGGCAGUGCAGGCGAUUCCUGUCCCACCUGGGAAUCUGGGAUGUUGAGUGGGAUGCUGGGAGAGUUGCUCCUGUCACUGGGACAUUUUAACAAAGGCAGGAAAAGUGGCAGCAGGAGCGUGCGAUAAGGAACAAUAUCCCUGGGCGAGGGCUCCUCGCGCCGCGUCCCCCGUCCCUUUGCUUUUUUGCUUCUUUAAUGAGAAGGAACAGAAAUGGCUCCGGAAGAGAAUUUUAUUUUUAAACUUCUGAGAGAGCUUUUACAGCAAGAGGAGAGUCUGGGCAGAGAUCAGAGGUGGAAAAGUUCCUUUGAUCAUCGCUCACUUCCCUGAUGUCGGGGCAGCAGCUGCAGCUCACACUGGGGACAGGUUACCCCAAAACCCUCCUGUCCCUGUCCCCUGCUUCAGGACCAGCCCCUCAUCCCUGGUUCCCAUCAGGUCUCCAUCUUUUGGGGCAAUGAUCUCCUCUGCAGGUCCUGUUGGUGAGCAGGAGCAGGAGGGGGCUGAUGCCCCCCUUGUUCCGGAGGUGUUUGCUGAGGACACCGGAAUGCGGUGUGUGACCCCUGCUUCUGGCAUAGCCCUGGUGGCUCCAGAAGAUGGAGGAGGGGGAAAGAGUCUUUUUCCAAUUCUGGCCCCACCUCCAGGUGUUGGUGCUAAGCAAGAGGGAGCACCCACCCCAGACCCCCUCAGCUUAGAGGCCGAGGUCCCAUCUCGGGAGGCUGGAGUCUCACUUGGUGACCAUGGAACAUCAUUGGGAUGCUCCAUGUCCCUGGCAGAGCCUGGCUGCCCUCAAGGUGUCCUCUGCCACCUUCUUCCUUCCUCAGCAGCCAGGGGUUGUGGGGUGGGGGCUGCUCUGCCCCAGCCCCUGCACACCAGGGCUGGCUGGGAUCCCCCUCCUGUGGUGCCCAACAUCUCCCACUCUUGGCAUAUGUCCUGCCUGUCAGAGGGUGCCUGGCCAGCCAGUCGGCCCAGGGGGGGCAAGGGGCAGCUGGCAGGGGGUGCUGAGGGAGCGGAUGGCCGGGCACAGCAGCCAGCAGGACGUUAUUCUUAGCCGCCCGCAGCUCCAGGGUGUUGAGUUUCACCCACUUGUUUACUUCAGGGCUGAGGGGACAGUGAGGGGCAGCUCUCGGGGAGCUGAGUGACCAAGGGUGGGGAACUCACAGCUGGACCCCCACCGAUGGGAGCUCAGGGAGGGGGAUGAGUCCUGCCCCAAAAAGCCGAGCACAGCCAGCAGCCCCCUGGCCCUGAGCCCCAGCUGCUCCACCAGCUGCACGUGGGGUGCUGUCUGGGUACCCCCUCCAUCCCUGCCCUGGGACCAUCCCCUCCUGCCCCCCUGCAGACCCCUCCCCGCCAGUGUUAGGAGCCCACUGGGGACUCACCAGUGCCCGUGGAUGUGGAUGUCACUCACCAGGUGCCCUCCCUGCUGAGCCCCCUCGUCCAGGGCGGUCAGACACCCCCGGUCCUGGGGAGCAGAGGCGCCGGGGGCUGGUGUUUAUUGCGUGUGCUGGGGGCGGUGAGGGGAGGUGUCACUUCAUCCCCGACCCCCCCGCUUUUUUUUUAAUCAAGCCAGUGCUAUUAAUAUCAGGUAAUGAACGUAAUCUGGAGGUUAAGCUAUCCUCUUAUGCUGCUGACCGCUGCGCAGCUCCCAGACGCAGACACUCCCCCGGCUCUGCUCGCUUCUCCUGCCUCCAUCUUCCAGCCCCCUGGAUCUGCCGGGGGUCUGUGUCAGCCCGGCCUCUCGGGACCCCGCAGUCCCAGUGCUGGGGGGGUCGCUCCGUGCAUGGCUCCGAACCCCAAGGCUUGCCCGGCUGCCUUCCCACCCUGGUAGUGCCAGAGAUUGGGGACAGGCGCCGAGGUGCGGGCAGGGACGGGGAGUGACACCCUCUGUCCAGGACCACCCCCAGCUCGGCAGUGGGGGGAGAUGAGCAGCCCCCCAGCCUUCUCCAGCGUCCGCAUCUCAGGCUGCUGGGCCCUCGGACCGGAUGGCGGUAACAGCAGUGCUGAAUCCCUGGACCGGCUGUAUCCCACGGUGGGCUCCACCAAGCCCCCCCGGAAGCGGACCACCAGCCAGUGCAAGUCUGAGCCCCCACUGCUGCGGACCAGCAAGAGGACCAUCUACACAGCGGGCCGGCCGCCGUGGUACAACGAGCACGGGACACAGUCCAAGGAGGCCUUCGUCAUAGGCCUGGGAGGAGGCAGCGCCUCUGGGAAGACCACAGUGGCCACCAUGAUCAUUGAGGCUCUUGAUGUCCCAUGGGUGGUUCUGCUGUCCAUGGACUCCUUCUACAAGGUGCUGACCAAGCAGCAGCAGGAGCAGGCAGCCAGCAAUGACUUCAACUUUGACCACCCCGACGCCUUUGACUUUGACCUCAUCAUCGCCACCCUCAAGAAGCUGAAGCAAGGCAAGAGUGUCAAGAUCCCCAUCUAUGACUUUACCACCCACAGCCGCAAGAAGGAAUGGAAAACCCUGUAUGGCGCCAAUGUGAUUAUCUUUGAAGGCAUCAUGGCAUUCGCAGACAAGGAGCUCCUGAAGCUGCUGGAUCUGAAGAUCUUCGUGGACACAGACUCGGACAUCCGCCUGGUGCGCCGCCUGCGCAGGGACAUCAGCGAGCGCGGCCGGGACAUCGAGGGUGUCAUCAAACAGUACAACAAGUUUGUCAAGCCCGCCUUCGACCAGUACAUCCAGCCCACCAUGCGCCUCGCAGACAUCGUCGUCCCCCGAGGGAGUGGAAACACCGUGGCCAUCGACCUGAUUGUUCAGCAUGUCCACAGCCAGCUGGAAGAGCGUGAACUCAGUGUCAGGGCCGCCCUGGCCUCUGCCCACCAGUGCCACCCCCUUCCUCAGACCCUCAGUGUGCUGAAGAGCACCCCUCAGGUGAGGGGCAUGCACACCAUCAUCAGAAACAAAGAGACCAGCAGAGACGAGUUCAUUUUCUACUCCAAGAGGCUGAUGCGGUUGCUGAUUGAGCACGCGCUCUCCCUGCUCCCAUUCCAGAGUUGCACAGUCCAGACCCCUCAAGGACACGACUAUGAAGGGAGGACGUACAGCGGGAAGCAGAUCACCGGGGUGUCCAUCCUGCGCGCGGGAGAGACCAUGGAGCCGGCGCUGCGCGCGGUGUGCAAGGACGUCCGCAUCGGCACCAUCCUCAUCCAGACCAACUGCAACACGGGCGAGCCAGAGCUCCACUACCUGCGUCUGCCGAAGGAUAUCAGCGAAGACCACGUCAUCCUGAUGGACUGCACGGUCUCCACGGGCGCCGCAGCCAUGAUGGCAGUGCGGGUGCUGCUGGAUCAUGAUGUCCCAGAGGACAAGAUCUUCCUCCUCUCCCUGCUUAUGGCAGAGAUGGGUGUCCACUCGGUUGCCUAUGCGUUCCCCCGGGUGAAGAUCAUCACCACAGCUGUGGACAAGAAGGUGAAUGACCUUUUCCGGAUAAUCCCUGGCAUUGGGAAUUUUGGUGAUCGGUACUUCGGGACAGACGCUCCUCCCGACUGGAGCGACGAUGAGGAUGCUCUUAGCACUUAGCUGGAUGUGGAGGUGCCACUGGCACCAGGCAGCUUCAGCACCGCACCUUAACCCCUCUGUCCAGUGCAGAAUUCUCCUUCCUCUCACCAGGCAUAGAUAUUUUUUUCAAAUCUUACAUCGGAGAUCUAGGGCAUAUUUUUUCAAAGAAACAUAAAUCCUAGUUUGACUUUAUGGACAGUCGUGUGUCCCAGCAUAGAGCAGAGUUAAUUUAUUUUAAUUUAAAUAUUUGCCUAUAUAACUUAUUGGAGAUAUUUUAUAAAGGACAAUAAUAAAUUUUUUCUCUGGUUUUCUGAA